AUGAACAUUCUAAGCCAAAGAAACACCAAAGUAUUGAACCUGUUACUUAUAAUCCACUUGUAUCUUUUNAGCCAUGUUCCUUGUUUCUCAAAUCUCACCCUCCCACUUCAGGCUUAUGAUCAACAUUUAAAUAUGAUCCUGGGAGAUGUAGAAGAAACUGUGACAACGAUAGAGAUUGAUGAGGAGACAUAUGAAGAGAUAUAUAAAUCCACAAAACGAAACAUCCCUAUGCUCUUCGUCCGGGGAGAUGGUGUCGUUCUAGUCGCCCCUCCAUUGAGAGUUGGCUGAGACAAAAGAUGGAUCCUGUGUAGGAAANUGGAGACUUUGCCUCUUGAGAUGUACAGGACACUCCCAGAGAGAGAUGCUCACACGAAUCCUGAUAGUCAGAAAUGACCCGAGGAUCCCUCUACCCUCAAAGAAGUUCAUUUGCAAGCAACUCACAAGCUCUCCAGCUAAAUGACCUGCCCCUUUCUCCAGCCCUUCAGUCAGUGUGACCGCCUUGCUCUUUUCAGGAGUUGGUUUGCCCGUUGUUCUUGCAGUUACUUUCAGGUUGUUUUUCUUUAAAUUAAAUUUGAUGUUUCCUUUUUUAUUA